CAACUUUAGACGCUAUUUGUUGACAUUUCUCGCUGCGAGCGAUACCUUCGCAAACUCUCUGCAAGAUCGAAGACUGACUCUGAUGCUCUCUUUCCAAGUCAACAACGGGAAUCCUCGGUAUUACCUACACUCACCUGCGCAUGAACAGACGACACCUCCUUCGACACAUUCCACGGGGCGCCAAAACAUUUGUUCGACACCUAGCAGCCCCUACCGGCCCACGGAAAAGGACUACGCGAAUUGAUAUUGUCAAUCCGGAGUUAUGUGAUACGGUACUCACUCGCCUUCGGGCUACCCUGCCUGGACCUGGAUCCUGCGACCUCAUUGACAUAAACCCGGGAAAGGGUCUAUGGUCACAAAAGCUCCACGACCUGCUACAACCACGACGGCAUGUUCUGGUUGAACCUAACUUUGCGAAUUACGCCGUCUCCCUCGAGCCUCUCUUGACUGAAAAUGACUCGACGUAUCGACGCGCAGCCGUACUUGAAGACGCAUUCAAUCCAAACAACGGGCUCUUGUCUGAGUAUCCUACCGGAAAUGCUCUGCAUCCCAACCCUGCACUGUUAUUGACGGUCAAUCUCUCCGGAGCACAGUUCAAAACAAAUCUAUACAAGGGUUCACCUGCCCGGAAGUUUUUCUCCGACCUCUAUAUGUCGCUGUGGAGGAUACGAACGGACAUUCAUCGUUACGGUUUGGUUCGCGUACUGGCAUGGGUCCCGGACGAAGAGAAGGAUGCUUAUAUCCCGCGCACUGUGGGAGUACGGCGAGCACAGGCUGUCAUGCUGGAAGCAAGCCACAAGAUACAAGAGCUCGUGGGCGGUCCUGCGAACGACCGACCCACCUUCUUCCAGAAAUGGCGAGAAAUGGAGGUGCAAGAUCGAGCUCGUGUCAAAGCUAUGGAGAACGGGGUCGAUCUUCGGGUUCCAGAUCACAGAAGGGAUCAAUUGUCGCCAACUUACCUCCUGGGCGUUUUCCCCAGCCCAAAAAACAUCCGAACGGGAGGCUUCAUCUCGGAUGCGGCAUGGGUCACACGCUUCUUGGAACUGGACGAUCAUUUGCGGGAAGUGCAUCCAGCGUGGCACAAGAAGGCUUCCAUCGACAAUCUUUUGAAACUUCGUAUCAUCAAUUCCGAGCAAGAGGAGUGGCAGAGCUUGCUCAAGGUCGCGUUGACUCAGCACAAGACACAUAUGAGGGCUGUCGAACUUGUCAAAGAGCAAAGACGUAUUGACAAGGAAUGGAGGGACCUCGCCGCGGCAAAGGCGAACUCACGAGAUGCGCAACAACAACCAACCGAGAAGGAGUUCGAACUCCGAAAUCGUUCCGAAAACCUGAGUGCUAGCAUCUCGAGAUUGAGCAGAACGAACAGACUCUUCGCCGAGAAGGCCAUUGACGAUUACCGAGCACUGGACCUGAACCCUCCGGUCAUGUCGUGGAACCAACGUGAAGCAGAGCCCAUUCUCGUGCACGACGAGGAUUUCCUGCCAAAAACAAAACACCUGGCCUUGCUGGACGUCACGCCGCGGGUGGACUUUCUCCGGAAAAUCAGUACCCACGACACCAUGGUCUACUUUGGCUACGUGGAGAGGAAUCUCUGGCUCAGCUGGUCCAGGACCGUCUACGAUGCCUUGAGGACGCUCGUCCACGAGGGCGUCGAUGAUUUCAUCGAGACGAUCCCUGGGAUCCACGACCCGACCAAGGGUGGGUGUUACAACCUGUCCGCCAUCAGGGUGCGGUCUCUCCCCGCAGGGUUGGUGGUCGAGAUUGCCCUGGCGUACGAACGGUGGCCUUUCCGCCGGAGUCUCGUCGACAUCUUGAUGUCGGGCGAGGACCCGCAAGCUGCUUACAGCCUCUCCGACGAUGAUUGAUGGUCCCCGGUUCAUCAAGUUGCAAAAAUUAGAAUUGUGUAUAUAGCUACUGCUCUGUACAAAGUGGCGUAAUGUGCUAUAGUUCGCUUUGUGUUUUUUCUUAGCACUGGCUUCUUCAAGAAGAUAUGUCCGGAUUCUUAAGACGUAGGCUGGCUUUUUGCGUCUGCUGGAUAAAACACUAAAGGGAAGAUGACUGGAAGAUCUACCAUCAUACAACACUUUACGGUCUCGAUGUUUUGGGUUCAAGUUGCAGUCCAUUUUUAUAUAAAUCUG